GGCGCGGCGGGGCGGGGCGGGCGGGGCCGGAGCGGCGGGAGCGGGGCCGGGGCCGAGCCCAGUCCCAGGCCCGAGCCAGGCCUAGCCCGAGCCUGACCCGAGCCUCGCACGGCCCUUCCCGCGUGGACACCGCAGGACCAUGGAUUUCCCGGGGCACUUUGAGCAGGUCUUCCAGCAGCUCAACUACCAGCGGCUGCACGGGCAGCUGUGCGACUGCGUCAUCGUGGUGGGCAACCGGCACUUCAAGGCGCACCGCUCGGUGCUGGCCGCCUGCAGCACGCACUUCCGCGCGCUCUUCACCGUGGCCGAGGGCGACCAGAGCAUGAACAUGAUCCAGCUGGACAGCGAGGUGGUGACGGCCGAGGCCUUCGCCGCGCUCAUCGACAUGAUGUACACCUCCACGCUGAUGCUGGGCGAGAGCAACGUCAUGGACGUGCUGCUGGCCGCCUCGCACCUGCACCUCAACUCGGUGGUGAAGGCCUGCAAGCACUACCUGACGACGCGGACGCUGCCGCUGUCGCCGCCCAGCGAGCGCGCGCAGGAGCAGAGCGCGCGGCUGCAGCGCUCCUUCAUGCUGCAGCAGCUGGGGCUCAGCAUCGUCAGCUCGGCGCUGGGCUCGGCGCAGGGCGCCGAGGAGCCGGCGGGCGCGGCGGGCGCGGCGCUGCGCGGCGGGCUGGAGCAGCGCGCCGCCUUCCCCAUGCGCCGCCUGCACAAGCGCAAGCAGUCCUCCGAGGAGCGCGCCCGCCAGCGCGCGCGGCCCGCCCUGGACGAGCCCGGCGCGGACGGCGCCCCCGAGAGCGGGCAGCCCGUCGUGCACUCCCGCGAGGACUUCUUCUCGCCCGACUCGCUCAAGAUGGUGGAGAACGCCAAGGGCGACGCCGUGGCCGAUAACCAGGAGGACAACACCAUCAUGUUUGACCAGUCCUUCGGCGCUCAGGAGGACGCCCAAGUGCCCAGCCAGUCAGACAAUGGUGGGGGGAACAUCUCCCAGAUGUCCAUGGCGUCACAGGCCACACAGGUGGAAACCAGCUUCGAGCAGGAGGCUGCUGCUGAGAAGAGCAACUUCCCCUGCGAAAACCCGGAGGUCAGCCUGAACGAGAAGGAGCACAUGAGGGUGGUGGUGAAGUCGGAGCCCCUGAGCUCCCCGGAGCCCCAGGACGAGGUGAGCGAUGUCACCUCCCAGGCGGAGGGCAGCGAGUCUGUGGAGGUGGAAGGAGGGGUGGUGAGUGCAGAGAAGAUCGAGCUGAGUCCCGAGAGCAGCGACCGCAGCUUCUCAGACCCCCAGUCCAGCACCGACAGGGUGGGAGACAUCCACAUCAUGGAGGUGUCCAACAACCUGGAGCACAAGUCCUCUUUCAGCAUUUCGAAUUUUUUGAACAAAAGCAGGGGAGGUGGCUUUGGCACCGGCCAGAACAGCGAUGACAACAUUCCCAACACCACCAGCGACUGCAGGAUGGACAGCGACGCCCCGUACCUGAUGAGCCCGGAGUCGGGGCCCGCCGGCAGCCACUCCGCCGCUGCCGUCUCACACGUGGAGAACCCAUUCAGCGAGCCGGCGGACUCCCACUUUGUGAGGCCCAUGCAGGAUGUGAUGGGCCUGCCGUGCGUGCAGACCUCCGGCUACCGAGCAGCGGAGCAGUUCGGCAUGGAUUUCCCCCGCUCGGGGCUGGGCCUGCACUCGCUGUCGCGGGCCAUGAUGGGCUCCGUGCGAGGCGGGGCGGGCGGCUUUCCUGGCUACCGGCGCAUCGCCCCCAAGAUGCCCGUGGUGACCUCGGUGCGGGGCUCGCAGCUGCAGGAGAGCUCGUCGGGCUCGCAGCUGAUGCUGAACGGCGGCGCGUCCUUCGAGGGCGGGCACCUGUCGCAGCCGGGCCCGCCGCAGCUGACGCGCGCCUCGGCCGACGUGCUGUCCAAGUGCAAGAAGGCUCUGUCGGAGCACAACGUGCUGGUGGUGGAGGGCGCGCGCAAGUACGCCUGCAAGAUCUGCUGCAAGACCUUCCUGACGCUGACGGACUGCAAGAAGCACAUCCGCGUGCACACGGGGGAGAAGCCCUACGCCUGCCUCAAGUGCGGCAAGCGCUUCAGCCAGUCCAGCCACCUGUACAAACACUCUAAGACCACCUGCCUGAGGUGGCAGAGCAGCAACCUGCCCAGCAGCUUGCUGUGAGCGGAGCAGCCUGGCUGGCAGCCGGCGGGGACACACACAGAGCGGCGCGCCCGGCUCGGCACGGCACGGCUCGGCACGGCUCGGCUCUGCCUUUGGGGAUAUCCGGUACCUACCUCGCGGGUGCCGCCGCCGCCGGGAGCCGCGCGGCGGGAUGGGGAUGCGACCCCGCGGCGGGGAUGGGGAUGGGCAUGGGACCCCCACGGCCACCAGCCCCUUUGCAGGGCAGAGGGGCGACAGCACGGGGGUCUCCUGACGUAGCACGGUCUGACAAACUGACGUGCGCGUUUCUUUUCUCUUUAGGUUUUUUUUUUUUUCCUUCUCUCUAAAGCAUUUUGUAACAGUGAAAGCAUUUAAAUGAUUACUGUAACAUGAGUUGCUGCAUUACGUGAGGAUGGUGGUGCAGAGCCCUUACCUUUAAAAGAGAGAAACGGCUUAGGCUGCACCUGUCUGACAUAAUGCUUUAAGAUACGCUAAUUAUGACAAUAGUUCUAGGAUUAUGAAUGUAUGUUUGGCUGUUUUGUAGUAAAGGACACUGUGUAAUCAAGGUGCUUAAAUUAAAUCCCAGACAAGUAACUUUUGGACCGCCAGGUGUACAUAUAACUUAACACAGCAAGAUCUGGAUAUUUGGCUGUUUUUUUUUUUUUUUUUGUAGAAGCGAGUAUUAAGUGGUAAGUGAAGUACUGUCUCUUGUUUGUGCUAUUCCUAGCAGUAUUUUAACCAGUUUGUAUCUCCUAUGUUACAAUUCUAUAUACGCAGAAGUUUGAGCGGAGCUUGUCUUUGUCUGUUGUUUUGAAGGAGAGGGAAUUUGUGAUGGCUUUUUUGGCCACCUAAGGCAGCACCUCGCUGUUCCCAGAUGCCCACAGCCCAUCUGUCCCCGUUAUGGGCGUGGGCAUGUUGUCUUUUGCUCUUAUCUCCAGGCUUUAAUUUCCUGCCCCGCGCCCUGAGUGACUGUGGGUCUGUCCUUGGAGCAAAUGGCUCCUGGGCCAGGAGGAGUCCUCCUCUGCCAUAUUGCACAGAAUCACAGAGUAUGCUCAGCUGGAAGGGAGCUCUCACUGUGUGCAGCUCCUGGCCUUGCAGGGGAUACCCCAACCAUCCCAUUUGUGCCUGACACUUGUUCGCCUCAGGCAGCUUUGGGGUUGUGACCCUGUCCCUGGGGAUCUUGUUCAGUGCCAGACCACCCUCUGGGUGCAAAACCUUUCCUGACAACCAACCUAGACCUCCCCUGCUACGCCCUCAGCCGUUUUCUCACGUCCUGUCCCUGGUCACGGGAGGGAGGAGCUCUGUGCCUGCCCUUGUGCUGCUCCUGAGGAGGAUGAUGAGGGCCCUGGUGAGGUCAGACCUCAGCGUGCUCUCCUCCAGGCUGAGCAAACCAAGUGCCCUCAGCUGCUCCUCGUGCAGCUUCCUCUCCAGAGCCCUGGCCAGCCCUCUGGCCUGUCUGGGCUGCCUCUAACAGCUUCUUUGGUGUGAUGGUGCUCAAAACGGCCCCAGAGCAGGACAGGACAGGACAAUCCCUCCCUGACCCUGCUGCUGACCCAGCCCCCAGGAUGUGGCUGGCCCUGCUGGCUGCCAGGGCACGGCUGGCUCACAUUCUGUGAAACGUCCUCCUCAAAUCCACUUCAGACAGUGUCAUAAAAGUACUUUCCCCCUUACAUUUUAAAAAAAAGCUAAUGGAAAUCCAAUUUUUUUAGAAAUCGCACCGUACACAUGCAGUAGAAGUUUAUCUUUUUCUACAUAAAUCAUGCAAAUCUCUUUUUAAUUUCCUCUUCUUUGGUGCCACCAUCACUUAACGCUGCCUGCAGUCUCCUUUCUUCCUUGUCAAAGGCGCACACGCACUGUGCUCAGCAUUGUUGAGUUUUAAAAUAAGCUUGCAGAGCCUUUCUGCGUGUCCUUUUGCUCAGGUGAGACAGAGGAUUCCCUGCACCUGCCCUGUCAGCAGGUGUUGUUUGCACCUUGGCCAUCUGAAGAGUGCAGAAACAUAGGAGAUGGGUCGGUUAAUUCCUUUAAAAUGUUAAUAUUUUGCUAUAGGAUUUACUUAAUGGUCAUAUCUCUGAUUUUUUUUUUUUAAGCAUUAAAAUAACACUUUUUUGAAGCAGUGGGAUAUGCUGUGUUUUGUUUUAAAUUUCAGUACUGGGGACUAACAGCACUGAGCUGCAUAAACGCUCUCCCAAACAUCAAUAAAAUGCAGUAUUUUGUACUUUAAUAUUUUCUUCUGUUGCUUUUUUAAGUAACACUGUUUCAUCUUCAUUGCAUUUCUAGUCUUUUGCA